UUUGAGCGUUUUGCCUCGUUACCAGUCGGGACUGUGGCGGUACGACAUUUGAAAUCAGGGUUUUGCUCUACCAUGCUCAUCCGGAGGUUUCAUCGAGCAGCGACAUGGGCGACGCCUCUGUUGCGAGACACAACUGUAGGACAAAUCAUGGAGCUUGGAGUCAACAAGCUGCAAAUUGGGAACUCUUGUUACUGCACAAUGUUACAAAAUCAAAUGUCUAAACGUUUUGGUGAUAAAGAUAUGACAGAUAAGGAUGUUAACAAUAGUAAACCUUUGUACCAGACUUCAGAGCGAAAUAUUGGAGACAUUAGAAAGCACCAAAUUGGGGAAAACGUUUCACGGAAGGACAAAAUUGACUUUCUUGUAAAUACUCUUAUGGAUCUGAGAGAUAGUAAGGAGGCUGUUUAUGGUGCUCUUGAUGCCUGGGUUGCAUGGGAACAAGACUUUCCAAUAGCAUCCCUUAAGCAUGCAUUGGCUGUCCUUGAGAAAGAAAACCAGUGGCAUAGAGUUGUACAGGUAAUCAAAUGGAUGUUAAGCAAGGGGCAAGGAACCACAAUGAAUGUCUAUGGGCAGUUAAUACGGGCUUUAGACAUGGACCAUCGAGCGGAAGAAGCACAUAAGUUUUGGGUCAUGAAAAUUGGUUCGGAUCUACAUUCAGUUCCUUGGCAAUUGUGCAGAAGCAUGAUAUCAAUAUACUACCGAAACAAAAUGCUAGAAGAUCUUGUGAAGCUUUUUAAGAAUCUUGAAGCUUUUGGGCGUAAACCUCCAGAAAAAUCAAUAGUGCAAAGGGUAGCAGAUGCUUGUGAGAUGCUGGGCUUGGUUGAAGAGAAAGAGAGGGUGCUAGUGAAGUAUAAUUACCUUUUUACCGAUGAGAAGAAAGGGUCCAUCAAGAAAUAUAAGGGAAAAAGAAAAUCGACCAAGGGCAAUCAAGACAAUAGCGACCUUAUGAAGAAGGCUCAAUGAGUGAAAUUAAGAGUUUCUAAAUUUAUUUUUAAUUUUAUAUCUAAUAGUCAUUGACAAGUUUGUAUAUAAUUGACUGAUCAUCUUUUGGUUUUUUUUUUU